AUGUCAGCAUCACUCAUCGCCAGAGGCAUCUACAACGAUGAUCCGCCAGAUCCGCGCACUGCGUUGGAAAAUUAUCCCACAUUGUUGGUAUGCUGGUGGUGUACUGCCGUGUCCUUGGUUAUCAUCGGCAUCCGGGUGUUCGGCCGCUAUCGUCGAACAAAACGAUUUUUCACCGAGGACAAGGUCAUGAUGCUAGCAGUCUUUCCGUUGAUUGCGAGGAUGACACUGGUGCAUCUAAUAUUGAUCUGGGGAACAAACAAUGCUAAAACUAUUGGACUGCCAGAAACGGAUAUCCGACGCCGGGGAAUUGGUAGUCGGCUUGUGUUGGUGGCGAGGAUAUUUUAUGCAGUCUACAUCUGGAUGGCCAAAUAUACCGUCUGUGAAUUCCUAAGGCGACUGACCGGCAUGGUCUGGACAAGAACUUUCCAAGUGGCGCUCCGAUUAAUCGAGUAUUUCCUCGCCAGUACACUUGCAACUGUUAUCAUUGCAACUCUGGUUGAAUGCCACCCCAUCACGCACUACUGGCAGGUCACACCAGACCCCGGCCCGUAUUGCAGACUAGGAUAUACCAACUUGCUCACAAUGGGCGUGUGCGACAUUCUAACCGACAUCUUUCUUGUCGUGCUUCCUGUAUCUCUGUUCUUGGCUUCGGCCAUGUCAUUCAAGCGCAAGUUCCAGCUCACCAUCUUAUUCGCCUCAUCCCUCCUCCUGGUCGCCAUCACGGGAUACCGAGUACCAUCAGUCAUACAAAAAAACGGAGUACAAAAUUUCCGGUCUCUAGUCGCCUCUUUUGAAAUCCUAGCAGCUACGUUCGUCUCUAACUUUGUGGUUAUUGGCUCAUUCCUCCGUGACCGAGGUCUUAAGAGGCCCAAAUACAGACGAGUAGAGGGCUCGCUUUCCGUAAUUGACAGUGUCGACCAUGCAUCUAUCAGACGAGCUACGAUCACCAAACACCAUUGGGGUAGUGAUGCGGAUCUUGUCAAUGGGCUAGGUAUCAGACUCCAUCCGGAGCUGUAUGCUACACAACAGAACACCAUGCGUCCCGCCCCUGUUUUCAAGAGAUCCAGUCAUCAUCAGAAUCAUCGCGACGACAAGUCGCAAAGCGAUUCGAGGAGUAUAGAGGACUAUACUAUGACGGGUAGUUCGACGACAAGCAAAACGUUGACAGUACUACCUCCGCCGUCAGUUGCAGAUAUCACUGAUCCAAUGGUCAGCCCCAGAGCUCCUCGACGAAGCGUCUCGUUUUAUGACGUGGGCGGUCUUUUAGAUGGUUCGCCAUCACCACGGCAGCAGCACCAGUCACAACCACAGCCACAUGCCACAGAGCUUGUUCGGCAUCAAACGGAACCUGUUGGCCCGACAGCAGCAUAUUCUCAUCCAUCUCAGAUCCAUUUUCGCGUGCCGCAAUACGCUUCUCCAACUCCCGAGAUUCGUCAAGACCAUUACUCAGGCGCAGGGAUAUUCCUACAAGAUGUAGGUGGCCUCAUAACACGCCCACGAACCAUAUCAGACAUUACUACUACAACAUGCCAUUCAGACGAACACGAACAAUAA